GCCGGAGGGCGGAGGCUGGGCGGUGCGGGCGAGAUGGAGCCGAAACUUGGGUUCCAUGAGCUCCUGCACGUUUUCUCCUUCCUGGAGGCCCGAGACCUGCUCUGCGCCGCCCAGGUGGACAAGGUCUGGAAUGAGGUUUCAGGGACCAAGGAACUGUGGAGGCAGCUGUGUCUGAGACGCUGGUCAUCAUGUAAAACCUCCCAGAUGACCUUGGGCACACAAACAUGGAAAGAGUACUAUCUCUGCCGAUCCGAGCUGGAGUUCCGAAUGGAAUGUGGGCGGCCAGAGAAGGACUUCAUCUGCAAAGCCAUUGCCGGGCACACAGGAGAGAUAGACGAGCUGGCUUACAUCUCAACCAAGGAGUGCCGGUUUGAUGGGCAAGAGAAGUCCAUGGUGUGCACCGUGUCCUCGGACAGCACCGUCCGUGCCUGGGAUGUGCAGGAGGGCACAGAGAUCUGGUCAAGCCCUCUGCAGCCCGCUGCUCUGGUGAACGUGGUGACCUUCCCUCGGCUCCAGCUGGCCAUCACCGUGGAUGAGCAGGGCCUCAUCAAGGUUUGGGGAGCGGAGAACGGAUGGGAGCAGGCCUCCUUCCGCCUGCCUACAUUCUCGUCUGCAUUGCAGGCCUGCGACCAUCCAGAGGGCCCUUUCCUGCUGGUGGCCUGUGCCGAGGGCUUCCUGUAUGCGCUCACGGUGCCCCAGCUGCAGCUGCGGUCCAGGACUCGCGUGUUCCCGAGCAGCCCCACCAGUCUCCUCUGCUCUCCUGACUGCCAGUGGGUGUUUGCUUCAACCCAGAACUCAGACCUGGGCCCGAAGGUGUUCCACACUCGCUCCCUGCUGUGUCUGGUGGAGGAUGAGCCUCCCGUCUCCACCACUCUACCCAUCUGGCUGACCUCCAGAGCCUGCUGGGCCCCUGACGAGACAGCCAGGCUGAUGGUGACGCACAGAAAUGACAACGGUAUGCAGCUGGUCAUCACCACCUACGAGCUCAGGACCAAGCAGUCACGGGAAGGGGUAGACGUCGUGGUACAACAGAUGGCAAGUUUCCUCCUGCCCAGCUCCAUGAUACCUCCUCACCUCAUGAAGGGCCACGGCUCUCAGGUGAUCCUGCUGGUGUCCGGGUCGGAGCUGGCGCUCUUCACCAUCCACGGGGUGCAGCUGGCAGCCUUCCAGGACCACCAGAGGCCCAUCACGUCCAUGUGGGUGGACCAGAGCCGAGUCAUCACCGCUUCCUUUGACCUCUCCCUGCGAGUCUAUGUGUGGAAUAAAGAAACGAAGCCUCCCGUCCUCAAGAGCUGCUAUCACCUGCUUGGGGGCUCCCACAGAUGGGCCAGUGGAUUCACCCAUGUGGAAGGCGACAGUAUGAGCAUUGUAGGUGUGGAAGCCAGAAACAUUGGGACGAGUAUUCUGAGGUCCUAUUGCUUCAAAGUGCAGCGUGGCUCAGAUGACUGCAUCAAUUGAAGAUAAUCUCACUUUGGUGAAGAGCUUGUCUACAUACAGACUAAAUGAUGACUUAUCACCAUUGAGACAGAAAUGAGCAAUUCUCAGAUACCUGUUAUGGACCAGGCACUGUGCUAUGUGACUUUUUUUUAAUCCUCACAAACCAGUUAAAGAGGUAUGAUGUCUCUGUUUUUCACAUGAGGAACAGGACCAGUAAUGGGAGAGUAACCCAUUAUUGGCCUGUUGUCCAGCUGCCACGCCACCUGCCUAAGCUUGUUCAGAUAGUAAGUGGUAGAGAGGAGUGGAUGCCAGAAGGCCCAAGUACAUGGGGCUGGGCUUGUACCAUGAUUAUUUUGUUGUUAGAUACGUAACGAAGUAAGGAAAUGGUUUCCCCCCCAUUCUGUUAUGUGCUUUAGGCACACGUUAAUAAAUGGUUGUGUGGCACCAUGCUGCCCAGCUCUAGGGAUGCCAUUCUGUGUCUUGUACAGAUGGCAUCCCUGGAGUUGGUCCACAGGGAGGCCCUGGCUGCUUUGGUGGGUGGGUCACUGGGGUUCUCAGCUACAGGCAGCAGGGACAGAAAGCUAGCUAACUAACACCAAGAAAGCAAUUUACUGGAAGGAGAUAGAGAAGUGUGCCGGGUCAGUGGGGAGGCUGGAGAAACAGAUCUGGAACCAUAGGAAGCAGGGCCUGUUCCAGCAGCGUCUGGCCUACCGUCCCUGUUUUCCCCAACACUUCCACGCUGCUGCCACUGCAUCUGUGGCACUGACACCGUCUGAAAACUUACCAGCUGCUUCUGGGGAAGGGUGACUUCAAGGCUAGGAACACCAGGAUGUGAGUGUGAUUUUCUGACUUUGCCAUAAGCCCCCACCAUCCAGGCCAGGAUGGGAGAGUCUGACCCUUUAAGCUUCAAUAGAGCAGCUCCCAGUCCAGACUCACACUGUGAGAAAUUCUUCAAAACUAGGAAAAGUUCCUGAGAAACAGACAAUGAGGAUGAAGAGCUCGCUACCGCAGCCUGCCACUUCAGCUGUCCAGUACCGAUACCCCCUUGCCCAGUACUUGCACUUCACACCCAACAUAGCACCCGUGUCCCAUAGAAGCCCAGACGCAGUUAUUUACCCAAGAGAAGAUCUGUGUCCUCCCCCUUUUAAAAUCUAAGGUUUGUUUUGGGAUAAUUCUACAUUUACAGAAAAGUUGCAAAAACAGGGCAGUGGAUCCCCAUA